AUGGUUAAUGCACGAUCGUUUACUCUGAAUGAGGUUCUUGCGUCCGAUACAGUUCCAGAGGAUCAAAAACUACAACUAUUAGGUGAGUUCAAAGGUCACGUCAAGAAAGAGCUAGUUGACGAGACAUCCAUUCAUGAAUAUUUUGCAUCGCUAUGUGAGCAGAUGGGUAGCUCUGUGAAUUCAGAGAAGAUUUAUCUGUUAUGCCAUUCAUCACUUUGUUAUCUAGUGAAGAGAGUUGCAAUGCAAUCUCCCGCAUCAUUUGAUAAAGACACAGUCCGCAACCUGAUCAUUCCCUUACUAAGAACUGUCCACUCAGGGAGUAAAGUGUGGCUAGGCUCAGUCAAGGCGCUAGAAGCGGUGUACUUGGCACAACCUACUCUUCUGGAAGAAACCCUUGAAACUUUGCAGUUGCAAGAAGGUGAUCGUGUUGCUACUUUACUCUUCAUUGAUGAGCUCGUGCAAUUGCAUCAAAAAAAUAACCGAAAUCCACUCGAGCUACUCAAUAAGUUUACUUAUUUAUUUCUCGGCAUUCUGAAUGAGCCCGAAGGAACCAGGUUUCAGGACUACGAGCUUAUUCGCGACAUAUUAUCCAAAUAUUAUACCGCUCAGUCCAUGAGUGAUCUGGCUCGCAGGAUUAGGAACCCUGAGAUAAGAUCUUUGUUAGAUGUAAAGCCAGCUUUACCACUGGAUCAAAUAUCUGUCGAUACUGAUAGAGCCCUAUCCCCGUCCGCGUCAGAUUUUGACAUUAAAGCGGAAUUAGAUAUUCUGCUAAAAGACCAAACCCCAAUAGCAUUACCUACUCCCCCAAAAUAUUAUAGUGACCAGGAAGCACUCCAAAAAGAUCUAGAACAAAUAGCCAUUCCUUUCAAUUCGCACAAGGAAACCGAACACAACUGGCGACAAAGACAAAAUAGCAUUGUCUUACUGCGAGGAAUUGUCGCAGGUAACGCUUGUACUGAAUAUGCAGAGGACUUUGUGGGGUUUUUUAAGGAGUUCCAGCUGAUGGACUGCGUUGCGAAAGCCGUGUCUUCACUCAGAACAUCGCUUUCAAUGCAUGGCUGCCAUUUGGUCAAAGAAAUGGCAACUCGUUUACAAGAAAAGAUAAACCCCAUAGGUGAUGGAUUGUUUCAAAGCUUAAAAGCAGUGUUAUCUGCCACCAAAAAAAUUGCUUCUCAGAAUGCGUUCUACGCUGCUUGCGUAUUGUUGGCUUCGAUGCAUUUUCACAGUAAAACGUUCCAGUCAUGUUUUAUGCUUUCAAAGGACAAAAACGUAUCUCCGAGGUACUUCUCAUCGAUAUUCCUGAGGCUUUUUUUGGUCAGAUUUCAUUCCAAGCUCGAUCACAGUCUUGUGUAUAUCGAAGAGUGGAUCAAUCGUGGCUCGACGGAUGCGCAAACAAAGGUUAGAGAAUCUAUGAGGGUGACUUUUUGGUAUUACUUCCGUAGUUAUCCCAGGAACGCCAGAAAACUACUGGAUGGCUUCCAACCUCAGAUAAGACGUGCAACUGAAACAUCGAUACCUAAACACUUGGAUAUUCAUUAUACAAUCAGUCAUGCCAACUCCUCGGAAUCUUCGCGAAGAUCAAGUUUGGCACCAUCUAGGACCCCAAGUUACGCAGAACCAACGCAUUCCUCGCACGUACAGAGACUCGGUGCUCUCCGAUCUUCCAGUGACUAUCAUUUUUCAGGUCGCCAUAGAUCGAUGCAUUCAGAUUCAAGGAAAGCCAGCAACUUAAGUGACACCACUUCAAAAAUAACUGCCAAGAAUAACAAUUUAUCGAAUAACAUACCAAAAUCCUCAAUGGAGCAUGAGCAACAGAUUGAUCUCACUGGUGAGAUAACACAGGGCCAUUCUAAUACUCUGAUUAAAAAAUACAUGCAGGAUACGCAUGUGCAGGUUCUACCCUCGAAACAUUCUAAAAAAGAACUUGAUGAAAUAAUCCGCAAUCUUUCUUCAGAUAAUCCGACAGACAUUACCUAUGGAGCACAGGUGCUGCACAAUAUUUGGCUCAUCGAAGCUCCCAAAGAUGUUCAAAAGCUUCAAUCGGCAGUCAGUUUCGCGCUAAAGCGCAAUCCUUUUUCGCUUGCUGAUUUAUUGCGGUUGCCGACUUUUUUGAACAUCAUGAAUAAGCCUGAGAUGAUAGAGGCAUGUGGCAUAAAUCAAUUACCAGUCGACAUCAUAUUGAAACAUUUCAAGGGUUGUGACUUGUUGCUACCGCUGAAUGAACUAUUUGAUAAUCUUUUUCCAUCUGAAGAACAGUUAUCCUUAUACUAUGCCAAAUAUCGGCGCAGAAUACUGGAUUUUUCUUUCACGCUUCUCAAAACUAUUCUCAAAGGCUCUAUGAGUUGGGUCGAUCUAGCUGGAAGGCACAAGGAGACCAUUGCUGGUAAGCUUUUAAACCUAUAUGGAAAUGAUUUUGAUCUAGUAGAGUACUUCGACCUCCUCUUUGUAUUAUUCACUUGCAGUCGGGAAGAGUUCAAAAAGCAGUUGGAUAGUUCGCCCGUUUAUUUUCAACUAAAGGUCGCCCGUGAAUUUGAAAAGAGAGAUCCUCAACUUGACUUCAAUCUAGGCGCCUCACAAAAAUCUACGGUGUUUCUAAAUCCGGACCAAGAAAGACAUUACAUGGAGCUUACUAUGGUAAAUCCCCUGAUUACCCGUCAAAGGUCAUCCAGCGGCAGCAGCGUGCUCGUCCAUGAUCUUGAGAACUGCCGCGAUGGAAGUUUGGAGACUUCAGAAGCUGCCUCUGAAAAUGAUCAACUUGAGGAUGCUCAAGGCUUUACAAAAUUUGGCGGCCUAUCCAAGCUUACAGAAAUGACCAGGGUAGUAAGCCUUUAUGAGCAUUCCAAAGAAAACUGUGAAUCUGCCAAUAGUCCUUUGAACAGCCCUUCGCUUGAUACUGAAGGAGACUACAGGAUGGAGAUUGGCCUCGCGGGCAUAAAAAAUAGGGCCACGGGCGUUGAUCUUAGUGAUAUCUUCAAUCCAGAAGGUCAAAAGCACAAAGACCAUACCGUAAAGUUCGUUGACAAUCCAUUGAUUAUUCAGCGGCCACUGACGUCAUCUAGCGAUGAAAACUCAAGACCCGAAAAUCGAGAAGCCUUGCAGAGCAGUUUAUCGAUGAGCAACACUGCCACAACGGACACCGAUGGGGCCGAGCGCUUUGAUGAGAGGGCGACAGCCUACUCGCCUGUACUCGAGCCAGCUCAAGGUGCGGAAUCGUUGUCAGAGACUACAGCUAACGGACAAGACGAUGCUGGCUAUCUGCAAAAUGGAGGCAACAAAGAGACGGCCUACAAUAUUCUCGAGGCAUUUUCUGAGAGCACCGCUCUAGAAUUUGAACUGACCGUAGCGGCUCUCAGUCAAGGAGUUCCGUAUAGUCUCAAAAAUGUUUUGACGAUUAUAGGGAAGAUUAAGGAAGGUUCCUUCAAGAUAAAGGACUUAAGCUUGUUACUUCAUUUCUUGAUUGCUGGCGGGAAUGAUCAAUCUCUCGUCGAAUGGCUUCAACAUGAAGGAGGCUUGCAGGACCUCCUUGAUAUCCAAUCUAUUCUUUUACAUUCAAUAGUUGAUGCUGCUGACUUCCCGAGAGCUUUGGCCAUUAGAUCUCUUCUUCUCUUUUCUUCUCUCACGGAAAUUGAAUUGACAAUCCACGGCGAAGGGCAAUCUUGCCAGAGCGCCGAGUAUACCUGGGGCUGCCUUCUUGCUGUUGUCUAUCAGAUGGAGACGUUCGACAACGACGGGUUUCUGCUAUGUGAAGAACUAGGGGUAUACAUGGUCUCGAAAGGACUAUCUGAUGAGCCUCUCUUGAAAACCCUACUAACCGGACUAGAAAUGGCAGAACAUGACCACAAGCUGGUCAAAAACACGUUCCUUCUAUCUUCGGUCAGACAAAUCUGUUCAUUGCCAGUUCCCUAUAUGAAUAGUACCCUUUUAGAGCAUAUCUGCACUCAAGCACUAAAAUUCAUUUCCUACGAGCCUACAGAAUUGCGUAAAGAGGCUACAGAACUUUUGGGAAUUCUGAGCAUACAUCCAGUCUGGACAAAAGGGCUUCCCUCCAGAAUUGUUGAUCAAAUGUCUCGAGAACGUUAUAGCCUCGUUAUUUCGUUUGGUGCGACAAAUAACGCGUAA